AUGUCGGUGUCGCUCCCAGGAAGGAAGUUGUACAGGGUGAAUGUCCAUGUAGACUGUCACCAGCCAGAAAAAAUCUCCGCCGAUGUACGCGCUCGGGAUCUGAUCAAGUUCCUCGUCCUAGUCAAACCUGAGGACAAGGUCUCCAGUCUCAAAAAGGACGUAGUCAAGGAGCUCAAAUCCUUUCCCGGCUCCAAGGGAUUUAUAGUCAAGGGAUUUCAGACGGAGCGCAAGUUCGAUAUGCACGAAGACCAGACGCUAUACCACGUGGUUGACGAUGACUCGAUUGUGAACGUUGUGGGACACAAGGGACCCUCAGACACGACAGACCCAAAGGAGACCAAACCCAAAGCUGCCAUAGCUGUCAAGCCCGCCAAGGAGACCAACAACACCAACUCUCCUUCCACCAUCAAGAAGGUUACAGCAGUGACACCGGCGACGCCAGCCAAGAAGGAUGAGAAGAAAGAGGUGGUAGCAAUCGAGGUAAAGGAAAAGGCCAUGACCAAGCAGGAUAAGGUCAAGGAACCUAAGGCCACUGGGAACAAGAAGAAGGCAAAGACGGCUGCCGGGUUGGAAGCCAACACGGAGGGUGGCGAGCAGGCAAAGGAGGUCGUCGAGCAGGAUAAGCAGGUCAAGGAAUCUUCCAUCAAAGAGGCCAAGACUGGAGCCAAGAGAGAGGGCGACAAGCAGAUCAUGAAGGACGGCAACAACAAGAAGGACAAGACGGAAGCAAAGAAGGUAGACAAGCCAGUCACCACGAUUGAGGCCAAGAAGGAGGAGAAGUCAGCACUCAAGAAUGAGGCCAAGAAGGAGAAGCGUGCAGCCAAGACGGAGGCCAAGAAGGAGGCCAAACCGGCAGCAACUAAGAAGGACGGCAUCAAGGAAGUCAAGCCAGCAGCAGCCAGUAGGGACGACAUCAAGGAGGCCAAGCCAGCAACCAAGAAAGCCAAGACGGAAGUCAAGUCAACUGACAAGUCAACCGACAAGCCAGCAGACAAGCCAGAAGCCAAGUCAGACGUCAAGCCCGUGCCUAAGAAGGAGACCUCCAAGAAAGCAGGGACAACGGAAGCCAAGCCAGUAGCCAACGAGGCCAAGAAGGAGGGCACGAAGGCCAAGAACGCGGCGAAGAAGGAGGAAAAGGAAGAAAAGGCAGAGAGCGAGGCUAACGGAAGCAACACCGCCAUCACCACCAAUGCCGCAAAGGCUCCCUCCAAGAAGCGCAAGAACGCCGAGACUGCCGCCCCAGCUGCCACCGGUGAUGCUACGACGGAUGCUGGUGUGGUCAAGAAGAACAAGCGGAAGAAGGCUCGCCUCGCUGCAGCGGCCUCCAUCGCCGCCACCAACUAA